UCUGCGCCGUAUGUCUCUUGUCCCUUGCAGCACGCUGCCAGCUGGUACCUCCCUCCUUUCUGAAGCGUAACCGGGGAGGGGGUGGAAAGCAAAGGAAGUUUGGUAUUUAUUUUUUUCUUUAGACUUUGGGAAAGGAUUCCUUCUCCCUCCCCCCGCGGAGGGCUGUAGGACAGAGUGCGGUGGCGGAGGAGAGAGGGGCACAGCUGGAAGCGGGCUGUCCGGAGCCUUGCCCCCUCCUCGCCGUGUACCUGGGGGUGCUGGAUGCAAGCUCUGCGGAGCUCCUCCAAGCGUAGCAGCAGCGGCUCGGCAGAUGUAGAUGCGUGCGUGUGUGUAUGCUUAACCCUUUCUUGGCUCCUCGGAUUUGUACCAUGCUGAAGAUCCUCACCAAAAAGCUCAGGAACCAGAGUUUGAAUGAAAUUCAACCUUUCCAGCUAAAGAUCUCCUACCCCCCAAGUGAUGAGGACAGCGACGACUCUGAGGGAGAGAACCAGGAACUUGCUCAGAUCGACAGAGAGAGAAGACGGAAUUGUACUUUGACCCCUCUGGCCACCAACCAGCUCCAGAACCAGGAGAACCAAUGCUGCAAGGUUCGGGCCCUCUUCCAUGCCAGCCUUGACCGCCACAGCUCGGAAGAGGAGCUGGAGCGCAUCAACCGAGAGUUUGCCGCUGAGAAGCGAAAGUGGUCCCAGGUCAGCAGGCUUGCCUGCUGCAGUGACAGCAACAACACCUCCUCCAGUGACGAAGAAGUAAAGAAUUUGUGCGCUAUGUCCUUCCGGCCCGUGGCAGAGCAGGCCGAUGGCUUGCACGCCAGCCCAAGCCCUGUGCUGUUCAGUGCCUCCCCUCCCAAGAGACUCCAGCCCCUGGGGCGGAGCCCAGCCUCCAGACCUUUAAUCUUCACAAGCGUCGGGGCAGGCCUUGAGCAAGUCAUGCCUUGUAAGAGACAUCGACAAGGAUACGGGGAUAAGGUCAGCAGGCCCAGCCUUGACCUGGAAAAAAUGCAGCAGAAGAUGCUGCUCAAGAAGAAUUGUGGAGCGAAGACUAGAGUUAUUAAAAUUCAUAGCAUCAAUGGAGCCCGCCCACCACCCCACUUUGUGUAUGAUCCAUCCACCUUUGCCUUCCGUUCCCUCAGCACCUUGAAGCCGCUGAGCCCGAUAGCUCCAGUGGAAGAACCGUCAUGUGCCUACUGAAGGAGUUUCUCCAAAAACCUCAGGAACUAUCAACCAACCACCUGCCUGGCAGGGAGAAGGGGAGGUGGCAAUGCCCAAGGGGAUGGGUGGGAGAAGAAGGGGACAAUGACACAUCUUUGCAAUGCAGCCUCUCUGGCAGCAGUAAACAUACGGCUUUGCAGCAGUGCCUGUUUUCAUACCAUCGCCAUAACUGAAUAGUGGCAAAGGGAGAAAUUUUUGUCUUUCAGGGCAAAACAAACCAGUCAGGUCCACAAACUGCAAGGGCAGCCACCAAGGCAGUGUCAAACACAGGGAUGAUGGUAGUUGAAGAUAUCCCUGAGGGGUUCAGGGGCUAGUACGGCCUACAUGGCAGCAGGGAUGAGUGAUCAGGGUGUGAAACCAAGUCCAGUCAGUUUCCCAAGAGUACCUGGGUCUCUACCAGUGCUUUGCUAUAGAUCUGACCCUUCUCCCACUCAGAAGUGAUCUCAGGAUUGGAGACAGAGGCUAUACAGGGCUGCCUGCAAAGCAAGAUCAUCCCUCUCUGAGACUGUUACAAUUGCAUUCACUUCAAGCUCUCUUGAAUGCAAGACCCUAGGAGAGGGAGUAACUGGCAAAUCUAGCUGCAUGUUCCAGCUGGUCUGCUGGCAACUUGGAGAUAGCGUCUAAAAUGGGGUUGAAAGGGGUUGUAGAUCAGGGGUUAGAAUAAAAUUCUAGAAUAGAGGGUCUGUGUUCAGCCAUCCAAGGAAACACAGUGCCCACCCUCAGUCCUCUCAGCAUCAUCAGAGAGAAGAACUUGGGGAGGUGACUGUGUGCUCUUGGGUUUCCUCUCUGCUGAGGCUGUCCGUGUUCUGGGAUGUGCAGCACUUCUCCGCAGCAUUGUCCCAAUACCCUGCUGCCCUCACAUGAUGCUGAAGGUAACUGGUAUCACCAAACUCAAACAAAUCUAAGGUCUCUGGCAGCUUUCUAGUCUCCUGUUUAUGCUGGCUAUUAAAUUCUUGUAGACCUGCCUUGUACCAGUGGAACAAGUGUUCCCAGGUGUAGCAUGGAGUGGGAGAAAGGUCUCUUUUGUGGCCACCUGUUGGUAGAAGAAACAGGAGGGGAGUUUGGGAGAAGCUGGGGGAUGUUUUUCCAUAGACAGUCCUAAGACAGUUAGGACCAUGCUAGGCCUUGCUACCACUGGAGUUUGACUGGGAUCUGGCCUUGAGGCAUGUAUGUGUUUUGUGCUACAAGGCAAGAGCUAAUGGGACAAGCUCUCACCUAUCUUGGUGAGGCAGAGGAACAAGGCUUUUCCCCUUGCUGCACCUGGUAGAGAGAAUAAAAUCUUUGUCUAGGCAUUCCCCACCUUGAGCCUGUAUCUGGCUGGGUGCAAGGGGGAGCGAGUAGUUUACUUCUUGUCUGGAUCAAGAGGAGCAACUGUAAGUAUAUAUAUAAAAUAAUUUUUGUUUUUAAAUCUGCUCCAGCGUGGAGGUCUUUGAUGCCACUCUUUGGAUGAGACCAAUGGUCAGUCCAGCUGCCAGUAGGAGGCCACACAGUGAACCAGCAUUCACUGGUGCUUUCUGGGCCCUUCAUUCAGACCGUUGGGGAAAGCCCAAAGGCCCUCUAGGCCUGGGGACCCGAAUCCCCCACCCCUGCCUUCCUCCCUCCCCAACCUCCUCUCACUCCGGCAGGCAGAGCAGCUGGGCAAGGUGGUGAGGGGAUGUCUGUCCUGAUGCUGUCCCAGCUCUGCCUGCUGUUUGGCUCCAGACUGUCCCAGCUGGGCCACCCCCUGCACCAGUACCAUGUCCAAGGGGUCGCUUGGGUUUGCUGGUGAGGUGCCUCUGGCAGAGCAUCGUGGUUCCCUGCAAGAAUUCCCUUCUUCCAACAGAGGCCGAUUCCUCUGCUGAUUCCUCCUGCCCCUGUAGAGACCCUGCUUAUCUUGUCUUGAUGGCACACCUCAGCUUUUUAACUGCUGCCAGAUCAAGCUGACCAGUGCAGGACAGGAAGCGUCGCCCCUUCGGACCAAACCCCUGUGCUCAGGAGAAGGGACAGCUGUAGCCUGGUACCUGUCUGAAGAGGCAUGUUCCCUGUGGAGAUGGCUGGGGCGGCAGCUCCCAUGUGGUUCUGCGUCCCCAGGCUUUGCUCAGCAAGAGCUGCUGAGGUGCUUGGCCCUAGAGACAUGUUUCUGCCAGCCCGAGGGUACGACAGGCUGCCUUCCCCCAGGUGGGAGCGGGGAACAGGGAUGUCCUGCCAAUAUUGUUGCCUUUUAGUACUUUUGUAACUUUUCUGUCUUUUCUUUUUCAAUCAGAAGGAAAAAUAAAAAAAAAACCAACAAAACAAUGAAAUAAAGCAUAACAGCUGUUCUAUUCA